AUGGACCCCGAAUCGCUACGCCAAAGGUCUGCGUUGCGGCUUUUAGCGCUGCGAAGCCAGAUAGCAUCACCAACGUUAACGAGCACAACGAUAGCACUAAAACGGCUCCAAAACCCGGACCAAGAUGGCUAUCCUGCCAAAGUUCCUAUCAUAUAUUAUCCACUCGAGACGCAGAAAGCAUUUCAUCACAACAGAAGACGCAUAAAGCACAAGAAAUACGCCAAGUAUUUCCAUCAAGACCUGUACAUCUAUGCCGACAUCCCGCAGUACAUGCGGGAGCCGAUGCCGCCGGAUGGUGUGUUGCCAAUUAAAGACUGCCGUCGCUUACUCGAACCUGGCUAUCACCGACACGAGAAUGGCUGGCGUGCCCUCCCGGACGGGACUGCGUACGUCACGUCGCGAACGCGCUUCCCAGGUUCGACAGGAGACAUGAUCCGCUGGUGGUUUUGGUGGCACAGCGUCGAACCGGAGCGCUACGCCCUGUGGUUUCCAUACGACCAUUUGAGCGUCCACUCGAAUUACGCACACCGCUUGCACCGCGACGAUCUGUCUCACACGCAAAAGUGGCUGGGCUCCACGCAUCGUGUGACGGAGUUCAUCGGCGCGACCAAGUUGACCGUCAGAAUCCAUUUCGUCGACCCUGCUCACUACGGCUUGCCGUGGGCCGAUCUCAAGGAUGCUGGCUAUGAAGCGGCGGUUUGUGCGGAGCUUUGGGACGGGUUGGUGACCAAUCUGAAAAUUGGUGACUUUUUGCAUCUUUGGCGGAAGACCGAGGACGGUCUUGAAUUACGAAGUCGGUAUUGGCUUGGUGCGGGCGUCCAUUACAAACUGUUCGGCAUGAAAGUUGGGAUUGACUACCUUGCAGGAGCGCUAGGAAUCAAACAUCGCAUGGUAGGGGAAAAGGUUGCCUACGAACACUUCAUACACGACCAGACCGAGUUUACCAACUUGGCUUCCUUCUUGCCGGAUCUUUAUGCCGAUUAUCUGGCAGGAAAGGUUUGA